UUCCUGUUACAUUCAUCGGUCGGGAAACUGUCAACAAUGUCGCACCACAAUCAAGGCCAGAUUCAGAGCCACCAAAGACCAAUCCAACAGGACUGGGCAAACCGAGAGUACAUAGAGGUCAUCACUGGCAGCAUUAAGAAGAUUUCUGACUUUCUGAACUCCUUUGAUACAUCCUGUAGAUCAAGACUUGCGACUCUGAAUGAGAAACUGACACAUUUGGAAAGAAGAGUGGAAUACAUUGAGGCCAGGGUCACAAAAGGAGAAACUCUUACAUAAUUUGGCAAGCAGGAUUUUUGUACAAUAGGAAUGCAUGAAUGAAUGAGUGAUUGGAAUCUGAACACAAGGAGUGGAUCAAGAGUGGUGUAUAGAGGCAUCAUGACAGGGUCUCUCUGACACUAAAUAACACCCUCUUCAUAUUUAAGGAAGAGAAUUUAAUGUUAAUUCAUUUUGAAUAUCUUGUCUUUAGUGAACGUAGUGUUAGCCAUAUAGUGCAUCUGACUGUUACAUGUGAUGCAAUACUCUGUAUCCGAGGUUUUAAAAUAUAAGAUGUAUUUACCUUAUGUAACAUUUUAAUUUAGAUUGAAAUUGAUUCAUAAUAAAACCAUUGGGUAAAAAUAUUUCUAAUAUAUAAGAGCAAUGAUGAAGUGUUAGUUUUUGUGAAAGAUAACCAAAGAAAUAAAUUACUCAAGUAAGCAAUAUGUGAAACCCAAGAAAUUGAUAUUUUGAAAUGUACCAUGUAGAUCAUUUAGUGUAAAAAUGCUUUAUUAUGUGGGAUGUAUAUUUACUGAAUGCACAACCAUGUUUAUUCAAAAUUAUUUAUUCUUAAUAUGUACAUUACAUAUGGAAAUAAUAAAAUAGUAAAACAUUAAAAUUCAA